UUGUUAAUUCAGAUUCAAAUUUAGAUAAUUAAUUUUUUAUGGUAAGAUUAUGAUUGUGUUUUGAAACUUACGUGUGUGUCGGUGCCUUAUAACGCUAGCUUUAGUAUCUUAGUACUUGUGUUGUGUUGUAAAAUGUUUGUCUUACGUUGUCUUAGUUUGUGAGAUAAUAAAACCCUAAUAGCAUUAUUCAUCCUAUGUGCUCAUAAACACAAUAUGAAUGGGCGACGAAGACAGUGAAAUAAAAAUUUUCGUCGAAUUUGAACAUUUUUAUGCAAGUAGUGGAACAUAACCUCACAGCAGUCACAGCGAUCUCACAUUCAAGGGAUAGUAGGGACACAUGUAAGAUUUUGUGCACUUUUGCCCUGUUUGCUGUCGCCCUCGCCGGUCAUCAUCAUUUGGAAGACAAUGGCCCAGCAUUCUACAAAUUUGAGUACGGCGUUCACGAUCCCCACACCGGGGAUAAAAAAUCCCAGUACGAGCAUAGAGACGGCAAACAUGUAAAAGGCGGCUACACGUUGAAGGAAGCUGAUGGUACUACACGUAUCGUAGAGUACCAUGCUGGUCCUCACGGUGGGUUCAAUGCAGUUGUUAAGAGAAUAGGUCAUGCUCAACAUCCCGCUCAUUACGGACAUGGACAUGGACAUGGUGGGCAUGGUCAGGGUUACGGUCAUGGUGGUACUAGCUACGUUGGUACUACUCAUUUCGGCUAUGGCGGACAUUAGUGGUUCUUGUGAUUUUGUUAUACCAAAGCAAAUGUUGAUUUGUUAAGUUUGAUUUGUACCAAAUGUAUUAAAAUAAAGCAAUAAUUAUCUUUAAAAA